UCAUAAAAAAACUGCGGUUUCGCGUUCCGGCUUGUGUUUUUCUCUUUUUCUGCAAUACUAUUCUGACAUCGAUUCUGAGAUUCUGACGGAACCGUUUUUCUGAUGUAGUGGCCGCCAGCAGAAAAGAGAACCGAAGUUGUUAAGUGCGGGGUGCUUCAAAGUUUAGUGUAAAACACUGGAAAAUCAAUCGAUGCCGCAUACUGUUUUGGUGGUGUCAUCUACUCAUUGAUUCGCAUUCGAAAACUUUCCAUGGCCCCGUCGAGCAGUGUUUGAUUUACAUGCUAAAUUAGUCGUAUCUUGAAAAUCAUUGGUCGCGCAAGAAAACAAAAUGUAAAUUUUGACUCCGUUAUUCAUUUAAAUCCUGGUGUACGUUGUUUAGAAAAAAUCCAAAGCCGUAAUUUGAGAUGCAGCGCUAACGAAUCAGCAGCAAAAUUGUUACGCGAAACUUUGUCGUGCUCACUACUUCAGUAUUUCAUCAUUGGGGACAGUGAAAGGGGCAUAAUAUACUGCAAAUUGAUCGGCGAAGACUAGGACGUCUCCGGCGAAGGGCAAACAGCGAAACGGAAUGUUUCCCAUGGCUGCCGCAAGCACUAAUGGUGAACCAGGACGGAGUGCGAAUUUUUACCGUCGCCUGCAGGACCCGGAAGCGGACGAUCGUAGUGUUAGCUCGACCAGCAACGAAACCGAUGCAGAUGAGUGUCAUACGUUGAUGGACGAACGGUGCAGGAAAAGCCCCAAAGCAUUCGACGUUGGCCGUCAGUUUAGAAACCGCAUAAGUCGAUCGGUCCCAUCAACUGGUGGAAACAAUUGCACCAGGAAUCGAAUCUUUCAAGUCAUAAUUGCGAUGCUGGGUUUAUUUACUUUUUUGCUAUUUUUCUUUUCAUCAGGAUAUGAAAAGGGCAGAGUUGGAACCAUCGCGGGAUGGAGUGUGAACACAUCAAGAUCAACGGUCAACUAUGUGCUGCCGGCGGAGAACACAACUAUAAUUGAUCCGUUGAACAUCUGUACGACGGAGGAGCGAACCGGUGAUGCGAGUGAAAAUGAAAAGGUAUUCCUGCUCAUCGUGGUUUGUUCGUCUUCUAAUAAUUUCGAAGCCCGACAAACCAUCAGGGAAACGUGGGGCAACGUGAGUGAAUUUAACUAUGCUCAGUUUGUGCGGUUACAUGCCCGGCUGAAGGGCGAAUAUUUGGGACCGCGUCCGUUCAAGCAUCUGCAGGAUUAUAUAAAAAAAGCUGUGAGUGAGAACCCGUUUUCACCGGUGGAUGGCGAUUCAACAUCACAAGCACAACAGUUCGCUGAGCCGCCAACGUUGCCCAAAAUGGAAUUGUCCGGUACCCUGAACCACACCGGUCCUCAAAGUAGCAAUAAAUCUAGUCAAACUCAGCCGGACGAUUCAACUGUACCACUUACAACGACAUCCUCUUCGGAAGAACCUUCGCUUUGGGAAAUUCAAAAUUUCAACGUCAAAGUAGUAUUCCUUCUCGGACAAUCCGAAACGGAUUAUCUUCACCAGCAGACGAAAGCAUCACAUUUGCCAACGUUUGAUCACAUUUCGACGACCGACGAUACCCAACAGCCGGUUCCAACUCGUCCCGGACAACGGAAAGCACCAAGUGUAAGUUUAUUUCCCCCCGAAGGCGAUGUGGAUCCGGCAUUCAACGUUCGGGAGAUGGAAUUGGAUGAACUGCAGGCGAGGAUCGUUAACGAGAGUGAAGUCUAUGGGGAUAUCAUUCAGGAGAACUUUAUCGAUAGCUACAACAAUUUAACGCUCAAGACGAUCAUGAUGCUGAAAUGGGUUACCAACAAUUGUAAUGGACGAGUGAAGUACAUAAUGAAAUGUGAUGACGACACGUUUGUGAACGUUCCGAAUUUAUUGCAAGUGCUGCUCGGUGGAACGGUACCUCUCUAUCGGGCAUCCAUACCAUUCUACGAUAAGAACUCAAUUGAUGUCAAAUCCUCUAGAAAUCGGUUAGCAGAAGUAAAACGUUUGCUAACGGGUUUUCUCUUUUGUGAGGCCAAGCCGAUUGGAGACACCAGCAGUAAGUGGUAUUCCCCAAACUACAUGUACAACAAAGAAUUUUACCCAGACUACCUGUCGGGAACGGCAUAUCUCAUGAAUUUUAACGCAGCCAAACUGCUCUACCGCGCGUCACUGACGACACCGAUCUUCCAUCUGGAAGAUGUUUACCUCACGGGAAUCGUGGCUGAUCGGGUAAAACUUCGCCGAUAUCACCAUCCCCUGUUUUUCUAUUCCACUACCAAAGAUCUGUGCUCCCUCCGGGGAAUGAUCUCACAGCAUCAGCUGCAACCGAGUGAACUGCGCAAUGCAUACGAUUUUGUUACCAAUCGGACGGCCGUCUGUUCGGCACCGGACCGAAAUUUCAGCAUGGCCAAAAUGAAACUACAGCAGCGCAAAAAGUGCCACUGACACGGGCUUAAACGCGUCGCUACCGUCGUCGCAACCACCACCAUCAGCAAGAAAAAACAUGUCCGAGGUUUAAUGCGAGGCUGAACUUGACUCGAACGGUGUUCGAUAGCCUUUACCAACUUGUCGAUAAGCUUCGUAGUUGUUGAUACUCAUCCGUUGCUGAAUGAGUUUCUGUCUCCUUUCAUUAGAGACAUUCUUCCGUCUGAGUAACGUUAAGAAGACAAAUUGCAAAUACUUGUAAAAUAAUUGAUAGGUAGUAAAAAUUUAACUGAACUCUUGUUGGCCCAAAAAAGGGUAUCGCGAAAUGUUAAUAGUGAAACAUUUUACUCGUAUUGAUCACUUGAAGAGAUUUAGCAGAAGUCAAAAACUAUUGAUACGCAGAACAAAAUUUUCAAAUUACGUGUCUUAGAUCAAAAGCAGAAAAUCUCGUAAGCGAUAAUGUAAUUCAUUAUUUUCAAAUUGAAUAGAAACAUAACAUAAAUAUUUAAUAUAAACUAAUUUGAUUCAGCUGUGAUUUCGAAAUAUUUUAGAUAGAUUUACAAAAGAUAGAAACUAUAGCAUAAAAUUGACUUAGUGAAUAGUGAACCAAUGCAAAACUGAUUUUACCAAUUCGAACUGUAGUCCUAUAGAAAGCAUUUACUUCAUACCUCGUUGCUCGACCUUGUCUUAUUUAUUUAGGUAACAUGUCAUAGUUAUAGUCAUUUUCAUAUAGUCUGGCAAUACAAUUGAAUUAUCUUUUUUACGAUCCAACCGAGCGUGGCGUAACAUCACGUAACAUGACGGGUGCCAACACUGGAAAGUGUUGACAGCAAAUCAUGUUAAAAAAUUAGUAAAACUGCGCGUUUGAAGGCUUUGUCAAUAAAGCGUUUGUUAUUUUGACAAAUUUGUACUUGUUAGGCUGUAUUAAAGAGACUAUAGACAUAGUCAUUUAGUCAUACGCCUUAUCAGUCCUAACGGAUAUUUGAACCAAAGUUUUUUGCCAGGUAAUUCUCAAGCAUAAUUAGUUACUAUUAGCUUUUAGUUAGGCCGUUACAAAUAUUUAAAAAAAAUGUUCUAGUUCUCUUCCAGUGGAAAAAAUAAAAUAAAACUGAGAAACUUACCCUUGGUAAAGAAUGUUUUUUUAAAUUUAUUUGUCGCCCCCUCAAAAUGUAAACUUUUACCAAAACAAUUCGAGGGGGAAGACAUUUUUUUUAAAUAUUUGUAUUGGCCUUAUUGUUCUCACGCACAUACAUUUAUUAGUUUUACGGAUCUAGAUCGCCGGCAAGGUAACUCGAGAAUAGCCGCGUACACAUUUUUUUUCGUAGCCAUGGUACAUGCUGGUACCAAAUGAUGAGAGAAAAAUGUUGUUCGUACCAUCCUGCGCACCGAUAGAAAGAAAAACACGCUUAUAAAUUCGCGUAUGACGUGUAUCGUUAACCAUGUAGGAAUGAUGCAUUCUUCAAGCAUAAACUCAGAACAAUCUGAUACAACGCAUAAUAGUCGACAGAUUUCAAUGCUGUGAAAAUUAGUUUUACUUCCUAGCUUGCUACUAGUGUUUAGUUUUGUUAGAUGGAUUCAUUUGUAGACAAUACAUUUGGAAUGCAUAUGUAAAUGCACAAUGCAA